AUGAAACGAUUCAGUUCUAUUUCGAAAGAAUUCCCGCAAUUGAACUGGCCAUCGCUCUCGACAAAGCCGUUCAUUCUGGUGAGCUUCGGAAGUGUUGCACAGGCUCACUACAUGCCAAUGAAACUCGUGGAAAAACUACUCGAAGCUUUUUCUCAGUCACCUUUCACCGUAAUCUGGCAGACAAACUCUGCAUUUGAAUCGCUUCUUUGGGCAAGGAAUAUUACUGUACCUGAAAAUGUCGCGCUCAGCAGCUGGGUACCAGUGAAACAUCUAUUAGCUCAUCCCAAUCUGCAAUAUCUGAUUUGUCAUGGCGGAAUCAACACCAUCAAUGAACUGUUGCUAUUUGGUGUACCCAUUCUUGGAGUUCAUUUACAG